AUUUUUAUGGUAAUACGGCCCAUUCAGUCUUUAUUCUUUUGCUCCAAAAUGAAUUACGUGCUCGGCUGAAUCUACGUGGUUCACGAAGAAGAAAACGGUAACAUGUAAUGGAGAUCACUCGGGCCAGACCGUCCUUGUAUGGAGAAAUCGCUCAUGGUCUUGGAUUCUGGACGGACCGGUCAGCGGUCCACGAGGCCGCUGCACAGGGCCAGGCCCUCCAGCUGCAGCAGCUGAUUGAGGGAGGCGCAGCAGUCAACAUCGUAGCUGUUGACUCCAUCACCCCGCUGCAUGAGGCGUGUAUACAGGGACAGACCCAGUGUGUCAGACUGCUGCUGGAUGCUGGUGCACAGGUGGAUGCUCGUAACAUUGAUGGUAGCACUCCACUGUGUGACGCCUGUGCAGCUGGUAGCCUUGAAUGUGUUAAGCUACUGUUGGAGUAUGGAGCGACUGUCAAUCCCCCACUGUUUACCUUCUCACCCCUUCACGAGGCAUGCAUGGGAGGUAACUCAGAUUGUGUUCAGCUCAUGAUUGAUCAAGGAGCUUACAUGGAGGCCCAUGACUGCCACUAUGGGACACCGCUUCAUGUGGCCUGUGCCAGGCAACACUAUGACUGCGCCAAAGUUCUCCUCAAUGCAGGGGCAAAUGUAAAUGCUGCCAAGCUACAUGAGACUGCCCUUCAUCAUGCAGCCAAAACAAAGAAUGUUGACUUGGUUGAGCUACUUGUGGAAUUUGGAGGCAAUGUGUACGCCAGGGAUAACCUGAACAAAAAACCCAUCCACUACACCAGUCUGGGAUCUCCCUGUUACCUCUGCCUAGAGUUCUAUGAGAAUACUCCCCUGAGUCUACAGCAGAUCAGCAGAGUGGCUGUGAGGAGGGCUCUCGGCACAAGAGCACGUGAAGUUGUUUCCAAGCUCAGCUUGCCCAAUCGCAUCAUAAGUUUUCUUUCUUACAUGCCACCUCCAGUUAUUGAAAUUUAAUCACUGAGAAACUUAAGGUGCAGUUCUAAUGAUGGUUAAAUCUAGACCUGUUGCGUCUGCUGGCUCUGUGGAUCUAUCUUCAGAAAGUCAUACUACAGGAUGUAGAAGUUGGCAGAAGCACAGCACAGAUGAAACAGCUGGAUACUGCCAGACUAGUUGGGUGUGCAGAGAUUUAAUCAGAUUGAAUACUCUGACUGCUGACCCAAGCAAACUGAAAAUGGCUUAAUUUGUUCAUUCACUUAAUGCUGCAAUAUUAGAUUUUUUGACCAUUAGGGAACAGAGAGACAGCCCUGAUAUAUCUUCAGCUUAUCAAGAUAUUGUGACUUAUCUGUUAGCAAACAACUGCCCAUUUACACAUCCAGCAGACAAAGAGCAUCAUUAGCAUCUCACUGGAGUUGUGUUUCCUUACCACCAGAUUCAUUUACUCACCUUUCUUCACGAGCCAUCUCUUUACUUCAACUCUGUUAUUUCAAGCUUGGCAGAAUGUAGAAAAAUGGCUGGUCAUGGUGGCUAACAGCUAACUAGUAAAGGCCAUGCUCAUCAGUUGUAGACCUGCUCAGGUGUUUUUAAUUAUCCUGACUGAUCAGAUCUCUCAUGACUGUGUGGGUGUCUACUGCAGGUGUCGAGCACAGACUCUCCUGUUAGCUUUUUACACUACACACAACAGCCAGACAAAACUACCUUUAUCAUGCUUAUAAGUGAAGAAAAGUCCAGUAACUUCACGUAAUAUCAAGCAUAGCUCAGCCCACCUUCAACCUGAGCAGAAGUAUGAUCAGCCAGAAUGACAGAACACACCUUGAGCCUGUAAUUCUUAGAGGCUUUGGCAAUACAACCGACCAUUUCACAUUACUUGGAAUCAUUUGAGUCAGUGUUACUGUCAGUAUUUUUUCAUUGAGUAUUGUUGGAGCUUGAGUAAACACUUGGCUUGCUCAUCGUGACCAAGUGACUUCAUCACAGAUCCUGUAACACUGCGUUUAACCUUGAGGGAACAUGAAGUGGGUUGGAUAGGACUGUAUCAUUGUAUUUAUUUGUAUAUAUUCUGACUAUUUAUUUAUUUAUUUAAUGUAAAUUUGUAAAUAAUACAGAUGGUUCUACCUCUAUUAAAUUUGUGUAAAUAAAUAGACCAAAACUA